AAAGUAUAUCCGAUGAUAUAUCCAUGAUGAUGAUGAUGAAGAAUAGUUCCACCAGCUGACCAAAAAAAAAACACCAAACUUCAUUCGAAACUAUUUCGACAUUUUUGAUACAUUUUCGGUGAAAAUUGAAAUCGAAUCCAAAAAUAAAACCGCCGGAUCUAAAAAUUCGAAUUUUUGUUUUGUUUUGUUUAUAAUUUAAUUACAAGCUGAACAUUUUUGUGUAAAAACCCAAACGCUCUGCCUCGUAAUGUUUGUUGGCCAUCAUCGAUGUUUCGGAUUUUUAUUUUAUCAUUAUUUUCAAUCAUAUUUUUUCAAUCCAAUAUUAUUUAUUCGAAAAUUAUUGUGAUUGGCAAUUUAAAAUUUAUUGUUCAAAUGAAAAAUAAUCUUUCAUUACCUGGUUGUGGAUUAUUCGGUCAUUUCGAACGAAUUUCUAAUGGUCAAGAUAGUAUAGAUGGUUCAUAUCCAUUUGCAGCAUUACUUUAUCGUUAUCAGGCACCAUUUGGUGGUGCUGUUAUUAUCAAUGAACGUUGGCUUUUAUCUGCUGCACAUAAUUUUUAUGAAUCAAAACAACCAUCAAUAUAUCAGAUUGGUGUUGGAUCAAUAUAUUUAAAACGUUUAAUUAUGAAAAAAGUUGAUAAAAUCAUUGUACAUGAAAAAUAUCAACAUCAUCAAAAAUAUGAUUUGGCUUUAAUUCGAUUAAAAGAACCAUUAAAAUUUGGUCAAAAUAUUCGACCAAUUUGUCUGCCAGAAUAUUCAUUCGAAUCAUUGAAUGAUUUGAAACGUGGCCGUGCUAUUGGUUGGGGUUAUCGAAAUUUUAGCGGUUCAAAAGUUUCCGAAAUUCUACAAGAAGUUGAUUUAGAUAUUAUACCAUUGAAAAAAUGUCGUCAAAUUUAUUCAAAAUUAGAUCAAGAUAUAAUACAUUCACAAAUCUGUACCUAUACAAAAAAUAAAGAUGAAUGUAGCGGUGAUUCUGGUGGUCCAUUUUUUGCCUAUAAAAAUGAUCAAGCAAUUCUUUUCGGUAUUAUUGGUUUUGGUGUAACAUGUGCCGAUGAAUUCCCUGGUGUCAAUACGGCUGUUUCACAUUUUCUCAAUUGGAUUCAUAGAAUUUUAAUGGAAAAUCAUUAAUUUUAUUUCAAUUUUUUUCAAUUUAAAU